UACGUGUUACUAUUUACAUAUCAGUUGGCUGUCAGGUAGCAAGUUUACUACUAUUGGUCCCAUCUGUUAUCAUAUUCCUCUUGUAUAAAAAUCUUAGACGGCAACACAGAAUCCGAAUUCAUAUCAACUUUUUUAUUUCAUUCAUCAUAUGUAACGCACUUGGUCUUAUGUGGAAUCUCUUUGUAACAUACGACAAAAUUACCAACCGCCAUAUGAAAGACACACUGAUGCAUAGGAAUACAGCCACUUGCAAAUUGUUGUCUUUCUUGAAGCUGUAUUUUUCAAGCACAAACUAUUCGUGGAUGUUCUGUGAAGGGUUUUAUCUUUAUCGACUGAUAUCAAAUGCUUUCUCUCCACCAAAGAGACUUCUGUUUAUAUAUUUAGCAGGUUGGGGUAUUCCGUUACUGUUUUGCGGGGCGUACGCAGUAAUUAGAGUUGUGUCCGCAAAUGAAAGUUGCUGGGCUAUCAGUAUUGGGGACAAGGAGUAUAUCAUAUACGCACCAAACUUGGCUUGCCUUACAAUCAACAUUUUCUUCUUGUGUAGUAUUCUUCGAAUUUUGUUAACACAGCUUCAGGCACACCCAAAUGAACCGAGUAAUUUCCGUCGUGCCUUGAAAGCAACAUUUGUUCUUAUUCCACUUUUUGGUGUUCAACUGGCCAUUACUAUUUAUAGAAAGGAGCCUCUAAAUCAAGUGGCUGUACAUUACGAGAGAUUUACAGAAAUAGUUAUAAACUCACAGGGACUUAUUGUAGCAUUGAUAUUCUGUUUUUUCAAUGGAGAGGUUGCAACACAAAUCAUGAGAUCCAUUAGACGCUACCAUAUGGAAGGACAUUCUAGUUCAAAACGGUUGAAUGCCACAUUGAGUCUUCACUUUAAUAACUCAGUUGGCCAAAGAACAGAAAUUACUAAUUCUAGAAAAGAUAGUUUAGAACCUUGUUUAAGUGAUGGUCUAAGUCCUUCAACGCCCCAUUCCCGUGAAUCCCAGCCACUGUAAACGUCUGCAGUUAAUACGUCUAUCAGAAUGUAUAAAUCGAAAUUCUUGUACUCUGUAUUUCAAACGUUUUUUAAAGAUAUAUUGCCCCUACGUUUUCAAAUUGUCUUAUAUAAGGUAUUAUUAAACGUGUGUGCGUCAGAUACUUUUAGUUUUCUUUCCGUAAUCAACAAAAUUAUCCACAAUGUUGGUGCUAUUAUCUUGCAUUAAUUCCCUACCUCGAAUGUACCAACCAAUUUCAGUUCAACCUUUUUCGUGAUAUUUUACAAGAGUAACAGUUCUAUGAUCUAUUUCUUCUCGAAUUCGAUAGUUAUCUGUAAGCAUACACGUUUGUGUCAAAAAAGUGAUGUUCACGAAAACUUUACCAUCGUUGACUGAUAUGAUUACAUCAUUUAGGUUUCACAUUUGUUAUCAAAUGACGUCACUAAUUUUAAACGUAAUAUUUCAAUAUAUAAUCGACAUUGCAUCUUCUCCAUACAGUUCUGUCUUGAUGUCUGAUCUUAAAAUAUUUAGGCUUUCAUUUUGUCUAUUUCUUCAUAUUUUCAUAAACCAACAUCAAUAUAAAAAAACUUCCGGACCUCACUUAUCCGAAAGAACGUCAACUGGCGAAUACAGUUUGAAAAAUGCACUUCACAUGAUUGGUUAAGACUUUUCUUGGAAUUUGAUGUAUCAUGUGUUAACGUAGAAUUUUAUUUUUAUUGUUAUUUAUAAUAUUGACUUACUUACAUUCUUCCCUGAAAUAUUAUCUAGCUCGCUAACAAUUGCCUAGACUAAUAUAUGUCUACAAAAUGACAACGAAUGUAAGAUCCAAUAUUUUACCCUUUGUUCCUGUAUAUUUUAAUCAAACUCCGACCAAAAACUAACAGAUAGGGUCAGGCAUGAGGGCAAGAAGACUCUAUGAGACUAAGAGUAAAUGACAUUUAGCAAUUAGUAUAACCAUCUUUCUAAAAUUAAAACUUACUCUUGAUCUUUACCUCAACGAUUGAUUUUGCUAUUUAAUUUUUUCCAGUUUAAAAAAUCUUUCU